CGCCUUGGAGCAGACGUCUAGCAGCAGACGCAACAUAUUCAACUCCAGACACCAUCAGUGCAGGAGUUUCUCUUCAUCCUUGAAGGAAUCUUUUUUGUGCUUUUUUAUUUUCUUUGGAAAAUUUGUACUCGAGCAAAUUGGAUUUUGUUUAUUCAAGGAGACAAGCAACGACUUUGGAGUUAGCAAAUUCAAGGAUAGUUUGAAGUUAGCGCAGUGGAUGAUAUUGUUGCAGAGUGCUCAGGAUCAAUACUGUUGGAUUACUUGGAGCGGGCACAAGAGAGUCAAAUGCUGUUUCUCUGAUUCCCUAGGUGAUUUUUCUGGGUGAUUUAACGGCACCUCUUACAAGUUGCUUCAUUCCACGGAAGUUAUUUACAUAUUUUUGUGAUAUAACAUACUAGAUCAUCAUGGGUAACAAGAGCAGCAGACAGAAGAAGAAGGACAAGGAUAAGAAGGAAGAAGCAACAGAACAGACCAAUCAGAAGACAGAAGACAAACCAGCUGGUGACGAAACAGCUACGCAGCCAACAGAAGAUGGCGCCACGAAAACAGAAACAUCAGCAGAAGGGGAUGGAGGGGGAACAGCGGAUGGCGGGACAACAGCAAAUAAUGAAGUAAAAGCUGAACAGCCAAAUGAUACGGCAGCCACAGAACCCAAAACAGAGGCAGCACCAGCUCCAAGUGAACCGGAGGCACCAAAGGAAGAGCCAAAGUCUGAGGAGCCUGCUGUAGUCCAAGAAGAAACCAAAGCAGAAACUGCCACAGUUGUAGAAUCAUCACCGCCUCCUGCAGCUGAGCCUGAAAAACCUGCAGCUGAGAGCUUACCUGAGCCACCUCCAGAUCCCCCUGUUGAGAAGCCAGCUGAGCCAGAACCCCCAGCACCAGAACCAGCAGCGCCAGAGCCUGCACCGGAACCUGCACCAGAACCUGCCCCGGAACAAGCAGCCCCAGAGCCAGCUCCUGAAUCAGCUCCAGAGCCCCCAGCAGAGGAUGCCCUGCCCCCACCUCCCCCACCAGCGGAGGAGACACAAGCACCUCCACCACCGAUGGAGGAACCUGCUGCCCCUGAAGCCCCGGCAGCAGUGGACACAUCGGCAGCAGCGUCAGAAACACCAGCAGAGCCUGGAGCUGCAGACAGCGAAAAGACAGAGGGACAGAGCGGAGAGACAUCUGCACCAAGUGCUGACAAUGGCUUGAAGGUGGCGAUAGAGUUCAAGUGGGAGAAUGGCGGAAGCUCAGUGUUGGUGUCCGGGAGCUUCAAUGACUGGAAGGAAAAGGUUGCUCUUGAGAAACGGGACGACUUGUUCAUAGGCACACUGGACCUGCCUACAGGAGAGUAUUUGUACAAGUUCCUGGUGGACGACCAGUGGCAGAUCAACAAGAACUUGCCAACUAAGGCAGACGCUGAGGGCCAAGAAAACAAUCUGCUGGUUGUGACAGCCGCAAGCUAGAUGAUGGAGCGAGAAUGGCUGCCGCCGCCGCGUGUAUAUUCUAGUACUGUUGUUACUGUACAUGAAACUUGGUACAUAUGUUGGUGCUGUAGUCAUGUGGUGUUACAUAGGGAUACAUUGGGGCUGAUUUGUACAACACAACAUUGCUACGAUCGCUGGAAAGGGGGACAUGACUGGACACAUAUACAAGCCAGUUUAUUCCACGUCAUUUAAACAUCAAUUUGCUAACUGAAUCUUGAUAUAAGUCUAACAGUUACUAGUUAACCAACUACACAGACGUGGAACAUCAGACCUAGGCAAGAAGUGGAACAUUGUCCUCCUUUAACCAGUCAGAUCAAGUCUGUCAGAUCCUAUAUAGAGUUUUCAGAAGUUACAUCAACAAUGUUUAACUUGUUAUCAUAUACACAAGUCUCAAUAUAUUUCAAUGCUACUUUGAAAUACUAUCAGUGUUCACAGUCUUUAAAUUAAUUUGUUUUUACAAGAUGUCUGAAUUUUUCUGCGGGAAUUUCUAAUGAUAUUACACCAAAAUUUACUGAUAUUAUAUUGGAUGCUAGUCCAAAUUAGCUACAAUGUUUUUGAAUUGACAUUCUUGUCAUUGAUAUUCAAACAAGGAAAAUGAUUGAGAAUCCAAUAAGUUUAUGUAUUGUUUUAGAUUGUGUAAAUAUUGUGUAAUUAUUUUUCUGUGCGUGAAAACUGUGUUCAGAACAAGAGGUGAUGCUUUUCUAUGCAAGAUUUGUUACAAUCUGGACAAGAUAAUGACGAACGGGAACAGCUGUGAAACACAGAACAAUCCCAUGAUUGAAGUUUUCAACUUAUUGAUAAGGAGCCUGUCAACUAUACAUAAAAUACAUUUCUCUAUCAACAAAGGAAGAGAUUAUGAGACCAAGGUGUAAGGGAGAUAACUUCUGCAGUACUAGCCAAGCAGUUGACUUGAUAGUCCACUGUUUCAUGCCAUGAAAGAAUUUCUACCUUGCAUUGUAUGUAAUGGGUAUUUUCAACAAUAACAUGGACCAAAUAGUUUAUCAAUGCUUGAUGCACUACAUCAUCGGGAACAGAGGAACAGUUAACUGGAUUUAUUUUCAUGAAAACUUGUGCAUUGCCUGUUCUGUAUUUUAACCCUUUCUAUAGUUUUUUUUUUAAAGAAUGAAAUUAUUUACUAUUGUAUGACUAUUUGUAAAUCUUGUUUGAUUGAAGCUGUUUACCCAGGUAUACACUGGCAAAAUGUUUCUCUCCUUUAGAUAUGAAUGAUGACUAGGUUAUUCCAUUUUGUUACUAUAUAUUUGCCUUUUUCUUGUUUUCAAAAAUGUUCCUAGUUUAGUUCAUUUGUAGUCUGUUUAUAAGUUUGCUAGCUCACAAUCAAAUAUAACUGCUCAACAAUGUUUUCAUAAGUUUGCUUUAUUGAUUGUUUUGUUUCUUUUGUUAAUAACUGACACUGCUCAUUCUAGGCAGUGCUUAGUAUAUUGGACAUGGGAUCUAGUCAGUGUAAAUCAGGCUGCUCAAUGGUUAAGCCUGGACCUAAAGCUUUACCAACAUCAUUCAUUAUACAACACAUUUUUGCAGUUUUGAAUAUUGUCAAGUUGUGAGAUUAUUAUUGCAUGCUUUCACUUUUGAAUUUGUAGCUUUAAGACAUUUUCUACAGCAGAUUUCACCUGCCUGCACUCAUUAUGCAUAAUAAAUUGCUUGGUGCAAAACAAGGGUUUGUGGAAUAUAAUAAACAUGCCAAAUGUCAUUAGACACUAGUCUAUGCAUGUAUUUUGAUACCAUGGCAACUAUCAAACUUGUUCAAAAAUGUUAAAAUUACAUGUUUAAGCAAGAAUGAUUAAAUCUGUUCCACAAAGACUUUUAUAACUAUUUUGUUGAUUUGUUGUAUAUACUAAGUUGCAAGCUUAUUUUGGGGAUAGUUUGGAUAAUGAUGAACAAGUUUGAUUGUUUUAGGAGAUGAGGUGAGUGUCAUUUCUCACUUGUUUGUGUUCACAUGAAGGUAUUGGUUUGUCAUCUGUCAUGGAUACGGGACACUUUCACAAUCACACAUCACCCACCAUCAUUGUGUUACCAUCAUCAAGCCAAUAUACUUUCAUUAUGGUUCAAGGGGCAAACAUUGUUUUGGGACACCGAUUUCAUUGAAGUGUUUAAGCAUAUUGUUGACAAGUUAAAGAACCAUGUGAUAGAACCAGCGUUUCUAUGUACUAAACAUGUCUGUAUGGGCUGGAGAGCUUUUCUACCACACAUAUUGUAUAAGCUUAUUCUAGUUGUUACUGCAACUUUUUAACUAUGCACUUAAGCCAGUUUGUUGAAGUUAGGUUUUCUUGAUGAGUUUCAUUUAUUCCAUUAAGCAGCUGGCCUUCCGAUCUGAAUUCACAAAAUCUACAUGAAUGGGAGUAGGUUGUGUAUGGUGGCAGAUAUUUUUAAUUGGCAUUUUGUGUUUCAAAUUUGAAUUUCAACACAGCUUGAUGCAAAACCAGCUUUUUGUGGGAUAGGAUGUGCAGAGAAUUUAUCAAUUUGAAUUUUUGUAAGUAACGUUCACAUUUGUUUGGAUUGUUUUGUAUGAAAGUGUAUAAUCAGUGCUCCAGUACUAACUGUGUAUAUUCAUAGCCUGAAUAAGUCAGGGUACUUGAGGUGGACCAGUCUUGUUACACACCCAGGGAUGGGGCCGCCAUUUGUUAAACAAAGGGAGGUUACUCUACCCAAAUGAGCAUUCAAUUCCGGACCAAACAACUAUUCUGUAAUGUCCCAAGUGAGAACCUAGGUGAUAUGUUUACCUGAAAUGUCUGGUAAAAUGUUCUGUUCAUGUUUGUCGGUCAGUAUCAAUUCAUUAAGCCUUAAUUGUACCAUCAUUGUGAAAGAUAAAUCUUGAAAUAUUUCGUAGAUAGUUCAGAGAGUCAUUUCUCACUUGCCUAUCAAUGUGGCAAUGUGUUUUCUUUAAAUGAAUUUACAUGACAACUAGAACCCGACUGAACAGAGAGAUAAAUUAUUGCUACUUUGUGCUGAAACCCCAAAUUGAAAGGCAAGAAUUUCUUUAGUUGAGCUAAUGAUUUGAAUGAUCUUUGGAAGAUAGUUUCAGAUGGAAUUACGCUCUGUUUGAUCUCGAUGUGUACAUGUGGGUUACUGGAGAGGAUCUUUUAGUGCAAAUGUGUACAGAUGUAUGCAGGCUUUGUCAGACCAGCACGCUAAUGUAAAUCAACGGAAGACAUUGCAGUGUUUAUUGAUGUCUAAUCAUGCAGUUUGAAAAUUGACAAUUUAACAUGGGAGCAAGUAUUGAAACCAAAACGUGACAUCUUUACCACAACUGUACGAACACAGUGCACAUUCUUUGAAUAUUGUACUUGUUUUGAGAAUUAUGCAAGUUAGCAACACACUGCCAUGGAAGAGAAAUAAUUCCCCAAAUAUCUGGUUAUUUUGAGACAUUUCCAUGAUAGCAUGUCCCAGGCAAUAUCGUCAGUUCUUCAAAUCAUCAAAAAUCACAGUUCUUCAAGAGUGUUAUUUUUCUAUUUUGUUGAAAUUGUUCUGUACAAAAUUAAGGCAGCAUACCAUUCUUGUAGAAGUGGAAAUAUCUCAAUCUAGCCAACCAUGGAAUCUUGCCAAAUAAGAAGCAGUAUUUUAUAUAGUGUGGUAUAUUUGUGACAAACAGUUUGUCUGACAAUCAAAGAACAGUACGCAUAUAGGCUACCAAAUUUUUAAGCAAAUGGUUCUUAUUGUAAGCUCUCAUUAGUAUUCUAUACAUAAUCACAUAGAAUGUGUUUUUGAUACAAUAUAUAGUGUCAGUGUUUUUCUGUCACAAAAGUGUUGCCUGGUGAUGUUGAAGAACAACAACUGUACAGUUCAUCUUGCAUGCUUGUCAACCCGGGGAUAUUUGCAUUUGGUUCCUAUUUUAAAAGCUAAUUUUGUAAAGAAACGUAAUUUUGGGAUAAGUAGAGUAGUUAGACCAUUUUCGGUCCCAACAAGGGUAAAAUGUGUGAAGCAGUAUCUGGCAUCUCUAUUGCAGGUAUAGUACUAAAGAGAGGCAUGACACCCCCCUCACUAACUCUUAAACAGAACUGAUUUGCUGUAGUAUGUCAAAAAGUGACCCAUGGUAUCCCGACAGGUUCUAAUGCAGGUCCCGAAAUGUUAUAAUGCAGGUCCCGACUUGUUCUAAUUCAGGUCCCACCAAGGGCAAGACAAUAGUGUUAGAUUAGGAACUAUAUCUGGACAAGCUCUCACACUGUUCCCAGCAAGAAGGGGUUGGAGCUAGAUGGUGUUGGGCUAGAAACUAUACCUCCCCUGCGUAUCUGUAGGUGUUGAAGGGGCCUUUGCCUGGAGCUAUUGCAUGGUUGACAAGUGUGUUCAGAUUGUUACUCUCAUCAUCCGUCACAGCUUCUAAACUUGUCUAGAACUUUUUGUAUGAACUGUUUUUGCCUCACUCAUCUAUCCUUGUAAGCACUGUAUGUCUGUCUGUCGUAUUAAAGUGAGACACAAA